AGCAUAACUUUCUUCGAUCCAGAGCUUAAGAUUAAUUUUAACAGCUUUAUGUACAGAAUGCUGGCAAUCGAUAUACCAUAUGGACUUUCAUCUCAGACAACUGAUGCAAUCAUGUACCAUUUUUCCAAACUGAUGUCCAAACCCACCGAUGUUGAAAAAUUUAUUGAAGCUCAUAGAGAUAUCUCUGAUUUCAAGAUUUUAACCCAGGGAAUAUCAGCUGGUGAGCAAGAUGACAUCAUUUUUGAGAUGUUUAAUCCGUAUAUUAAGGAGUUAGAAAAGGAUACAAUUCAAAUUGAUCUUAGCAACGCAGCAAUGGCGGUAUAUCAACAUGCUACUAAAGAAGUUGCUUUUAACAAGUUCAUGUGGCUGAAAAAUGGCAUCCUUGGGAGAACGAUAAAUGGCACAGAAAAUCAGACUGCUGAUUCAAAAGAAGCAGAAAUUACUCUGGAGAAACCUGAUGAUGAUCACGAGGAAGUGCAGGCGGACAACCACAAAGCGAUUAAAUGGUUUGUCCAGCGUGGCGAUGUACAGAUUCUAGAAAAACGCUUUGUUGGUGUCAGAGACAGAAAACCGGGAGCUUACAGAGAAUUAUGAAGAAUUUCAUGAAUUUGAAAACGAUUUUCAAACUUUUAAAAGUUCAAUUAAGCAUAAGAACCCAGUUAAUUAAAUACAUAUGUUUAAAAUAAUUUAGAAAUAUUACAGAUGCUAUA